AUGUCAAUCGAAGAGCUCCUCUCAAAAUUGCCAGUUUUUGCGCGGCCCGAAUUAUCGACUUUUGUACCGUAUGACAUCAAUUCGCUAACAUCGGAAAUGGUUUUGGAAAAACAACGGGAUGAGCAACACAAGAAAAUCAGGUGAGAAAGGCUGGAAAUUGCUGAAAAUCUGAAAAUUGUUGGGUUCCGGGUUGAAAUUUGACUGAAAUUCCAAAUUUUCAGCCAAAAAUCUAUGAUUUUCAGCCAAAAAAAUGUUCCAGAAUCAUCACCGCCAUCUCUUUGUCCUUCAUAGCUGUCAUCACAAUUUGCGUCCUUGCCUUCUUCGUCAACUACACGAAAAAGCAGCGCAAAUUCGCCAAAAAUCCGCCGGUUUCUUCACGAAAUUUGGCAAAUCGCCCACUUCCACCAGCUCCAAUUUACCAUCCGAGGAAUUUUUAA